UUGGUGCAGUCCGCUUUUGAGCAACAUGGAUUCUGGAAUUCAGGAAUUCUUUAAAAAUAAAACCAUUUUCCUAACGGGUGGCUCGGGAUAUUUAGGAAAAGUGGUUACCGAGAAACUCCUACGGACAACCGAGGUGAAACGAAUCUAUUCGCUCAUCCGGCCAAAGCGCGGUGUGUCCAUUGAAGAACGCAUCUUAUCCUUGGAGAAGGAACCAAUUUUUAAGGUGCUCUUGAAGGCCAAGCCGGAGGCGCUGCACCGAAUCUAUCCCAUUGCAGGCGAUUGUUCGGACCCUGAUCUAGGCAUAAGUGACUCGGACCGGAAGCUGCUGGUCUCCGAGGUGCAAGUGGUUAUCCAUGGAGCAGCCACCGUGCGCUUCGACGAGCCUUUGCACUUCGCCCUGGCCAUCAACGUGCGCGCCACCCGGCUGAUGUUGCAGCUGGCCAAGCAGAUGACCCAACUGGUGUCCUACGUCCAUAUCUCAACCGCUUACUCCAAUUGUGUGGUGACUGAAAUCGAUGAGAGGUUCUAUCCAGAGAACCUGAGCUACAGUUCAGAUAAGAUCCUGGCAAUAAGCAAUAUUUUAGGUAAUGAGAGAAUGGACAGUCUGACAUCUUACUUGAUUGGAUCCUUCCCGAACACAUACGCCUACACUAAAGCAUUGUCGGAGGACUUCAUCCGGAGGGAGGCGGGUGACCUGCCCCUGUGCAUCUUCCGACCAGCGAUCAUUAUGCCCACCUACAAGGACCCCGUAAUUGGCUGGAUGGAUAAUCUCUUCGGGCCCAUGGCAAUUGUAUUCGGCGCUGCUCGCGGAGUGGUGCGUGCCGUGAUGGUGGAAUCUAAAGCCAAGAUCGGCAUGGUUCCUGCCGAUUAUUGUGGUAACGUGACCCUGGCCUGUGCGUGGAAAACAGGACAAAAUCCUGUCAAGCAAGGUGAUGCUGAAAAUUCUCCUAUUUACACUUUGGCUCCCAGCGAGAAAAAUACGAUAAGCUUUGGUACCUAUAUCUCCAAAACACUCAUACAUCGCGAUCUGACCCCGAUAACAAAGAUGAUUUGGUACCCAUUUCUCCUGUGUAUUUCUCCCCCCUUUUUCCCGUUGGCCGCCUUUUUUUACCACACCCUUCCGGGAUACUUCUUCGAUGCACUACUUUUCCUCAUGGGCCGCAAGCCCAUCCUGACAAAGCUGUACCCAAAAAUACACAAAAACUUCGCCUUCCUGCGUCCAUUCGCAUGCACCUCCUUUAACUUUGGCACAGCAAACACCCAAAGCCUGUUGGAGGCGAUGUCCAAGUACGAUCGCAGCUUUUACAACUUUGAUAUGGCCGAUCUGGACUGGAACGACUAUCUCAGAUGUGCCAUACAUGGCUUGCGAAAGUAUAUUGCCAAGGACACAAAUAGCGCUGAGUCCAUUGCCAAAGCCCUGAAGCUCAAGAAUCGGCUUAAGGUUCUUCACUAUGUAUCUGUGAUGUUUUUGGGCUCGGCAGUUGCUUACGGAAUGUGGAUUCUCGCGAAGCUUUUUAUUGGUUAA